AUCGAUUUGACCGCUCUGAAGGAAAGAUGCCCGCUAAUAUGGUGGGACUAUUGAAUCCCAUGAAAUAUGGUGAUCAUUUCUACGAGUUGUUUACAAACCAAACACGCAGGCGAACCCACAAUGAGAGGAGAACCCUCACCAAGCGCAAAAGCCGCAAGGAGAAGUCGGCGGCAGCGAUGGCGGCCGCUGCUGCCGCCGCCGUGCUGGAUGGGAAUCCCGGUGGCAUUGUGAAUCCCCUGGAUCCGCCACUGGUCAAGGAGCAGCUGAUGAUUAUGCCCUCGUUCCCGGCGGGCCACAUCGAGCUAGAGCCAAAUGCCUCCAAGUUUGCCGUCUUCUCGGCCAUUCGCACCACAGUCCUGGAAGCGGAGACGCGCUAUGCCCUGCUGCAGGAGGGUGGCGGCGGCAGGGAGGCGGGGAUGGGCCUGAAAAAGUGGGCCGCCAAUUUGGACUCAUCCUGCUGCCUGCUGUGUGCUGCCAGCUGCUUGGCCAGCAACAUUCUCGACUGCACAUGUCACGCUCAACUGGCCCUGGCUGCCGGUGCGCUCGGCGGUGGCCCAGGGCCGGGCAUAGCACCUGGCGGAGCUGCCAUCGCUGGCCUUAUUGGUGUGGUGAUCGGACCCGGUGGUCCGGGCGGCUCCAACGACAAGCGCAAUCGCCGCGACAGUGCCAACAGCGAUGCGGACUCGGACACCGAGGAGCCCACCGAACGGGAGCCCGUCUAUGCCACCGUUCCGCUCAUCGUGGGCGCCGGACUGCGCAGUCUGUUCGAGCUGAUUGCCGACGCCCGCCACAUUCAGCCGCUGCUCUGCACGAAGGCGCUAAAGGCUCUGCUCGACGUUAUCCAGGGCCAGCAGCCCGAGUCCUUCAAGAUGGAACCGGAGGAGCUGAUCAAUCCGCUGUACGACCUGUUGCUCGAUCUGGCCACCAUGCCGGCGGCCCUCAACUCGACGACCGGAGCCGAAGCCAAUUGGUCGGCCAUGGCCUGUGCCGCACUGCUGGGCCUCUGCAUUGCCCGCGGGGACACCGGCAAGAUGCUCAAAGCGAUUGCCGCCAUGCUCAUGUCGCCACGGCAACUCUCUGCCCAGAUUGUCCAAUUGCCGGCCGUGCUGGCCGCCCUCCAGCACACGGUGAUCAGUGCGGCGCUGAACAAGCCGACACGUCCGGAUUUCCAUAGCCACGGAGUGCCGCACAAUUCCCUGAUCGAUGAGUUCCCCUUGAAGCUGCCUGAAGUGGGGCCCGGAGGUGCCGAAACGGCACCGGCCAUGGCCUGUGACGGUGUCUUUCUAUAUCUGCUGUACGAUGGCUAUCUGCUGAAGAUCGGCACUGGCUUUGGGGGCUCCUACAAGGGGCAUGUGUACGCGCAGAACGAUGACUUUACGCGCGAGCGGAAUGCCUGGCUGGGCUACAGUGCCGGGCAUUUGUAUUUCAGAAGGAACUGCAGACGGAAUACGGGCGAUCAGCUGCAGCUGGUCGGCCUCGAUACGCUGGCCCUCAAGUCGAUGAGUCCCCUGAAUAUGCUGGCCAUGCGUGAGGGCAUCAACUAUGUCCUAUUUACCGAUGAUGACUCACUCCAUGCCAUCUGCAGCAAUCGCGAUGACACCCUUGUGGUGAAGAAACUGAAUCUGUACCACAACAGCUACAGCAGCGAACCGCAGCCGUUUGAGCUGCCGCUGCAGCUGGCCCGCAAGAAAUUCCGCACCCUGGGCUAUGCUGCCUUUGAGGAUGAUCUGCUCAACCAGCAUCAGGUGCAGCGCAUCCAGUCAUCGCACAACAGCUUUGAGCCCAAGCUGCCGGCCACGUGUCGGGAUGCGGAUGUGGAUGUGCUGGGCAUGGCCUGCGGCAAGGAGUUCGGCCUGGUUAGGGCCAGCAACGGACGCGUCUACUACUAUGGCAAAUCGACGGCCCUGGGCCUCAAAUGUGUGGGUCGCACGCCCUCGCUGAAGCUCACCGAACUGAUCAUAUCGAAGGCGGCGCACAUUGUCCAUGUGGCCGUCGGCCACGAUGGCAUCCAUGCGCUGCUGGUGAACGACGAUGGGACCGUUUUCUUUGCGGGCACAGCACGCCGUGGCGAGGAUGGGGACACCAGCAAGAAUCGCAGGCAGCCGAAGGCGGUCAAGCCCAAAAAGAUGACCAAAAUCGAUGGCCAUGUGGUGGUGCAUGCGGCCUGCAACAAUGGCACCUCGGCGUUUGUCACCAAGGCCGGCAAACUGAUCAUGUACGGCAAGGAUACGGCCCACUGUGAUGCGAUGGGCUUUGUCACGGAACUAUUGGAUCAGCAUGUGACGAAGGUGGCCCUGGGCAAGGCCCAUUGCGUGGCCCUCAAUGCCAAGGGGCAGCUCUUCUCGUUUGGCCUGAACAACAAAGGUCAGUGCGGACGGAUCUUCAACAAGCUGCAGCCCGUCAAGGAUGUGGCCUCGUCGUCCUCGGCCGCCUCCUGCUUUGCCGCCCUGCUGCCGCCGGAUAAGCGCUACAAGCUGGACCUAUCGGCCCUCUGCGACUACGAUGAUCACAGUCUGGUGCAGGGCCAGUGCCGCGUCUGCAUUGUGUGUCGCGAAUGCACCGGCUACAAUGUCAGCUGUGUGUCGGCCCUGAAUGUGCCGCUCGAACAGCGGCUGGCGGGCAGCAUCUGCCCCUGCGGACACGGGGAUGCGGGCUGUGCCAAAUGCGGUCUGUGUGCCACCUGCAUUGCCCUACAGGAUAACGAUAAUGAUGCCAACCGUGAGCUAAAGACCCUUUCCACUGAGAUGCAGCAGCGACAGCAGCGCUCCAAGACGCUCCUCAUGCGGCGCAAAGAGAAGAAACCCUGCGAGCUGGAGACGGGCGCCGCUGGUGGCGGUGCCGCGACACCCACCGAUCUGGACAAGGAUCCGCCGCGUGUGGCACCGCUGGCGCCGCAACUGUUGCAGCUGCCAAGCGCCUCGCCCGUGGUCCAAGUGGCCUGUGGCCUGCAUCACACCGUGGUGCUGACGCUGGCCGGUGAGGUCUACACGUUUGGCAGCAAUCAGUACGGACAGCUGGGCAGCGGUGACCUGCAGCCGGUCAGCGGUCCGGUGCGCGUACAAGUGCAGGGUGCCAUCAGUCAGGUGGCGGCCGGCAGCAAUCAUUCGGUGCUGCUGACGCACAAAGGAAUGGUCUAUACAUUUGGCAACUAUCAGAAGGGACAGCUGGGUCGAUUGCCCAGCGAUUUUGGCCCCAACAUAGACAAGAAUCAAAGACCAGGACAGAGUCCGGGUCAGGGUCAGGCACAGCCUCAGCCUCAGCCACACACACAGGAUGAAGAGCUGCCCAACAGCACAACUGGCGGGGCAUCUGGUUCGAGUGAUGCUGCUGCUGCUGCUGCUCUAGAGAGCAGUGUCCUGCCCAGCUGCAGCAAGGAGCUGCCACCCUUGAUGCCGAAUUUCUCCUGUCCCGUGCUCACCCAAAGGCAAAAGUUUCUCUGGAACUGCUCCCCGGCAGCUGUAUUUGGCCUGGGUCCCAGUUUUGGCAAGAAAGUCACCUGGAUCGGCGCCAAUGGGGAUCAGACCUUUAUCAAAAUAGACGAGUCGCUGAUCACCGCCCAAAUGCUGCCCAAAAUGCAUGUGGUGGCCAACAGGAAGACCAUUUUGCUUGUGCCCAGCAUACCGCUGUCCUUUCACACCCUGUCCAUCAAUAGGCGGGAUGGCAGCUGCACGGCCCACUAUCGCGGUCAGAGCAACUUUAUCCAGCUAAUGCAGGCGCAACCACAGCCACAGGCCAACGAGAGCCAACGGCAAACGGACGCGACGACACCUGUUAUGGCCUCACCAGCGCUGGCAGAGCCCGUGGCCGGCCACGCAUCAUCAGCGCUGCUGACUGCCCUGGCGGGCACUGCCACCGCUGGCGUGCCGAUCAACGAGCAGAUGUCCAGGAGCAUGCACGAGGCACGAAAUCAGAUCUUCGAAGAGCCCGAAGGUGGUGUUGCCGUGGUCGCCUCUGGCAGCGGCGGUUGCAUACCACGUCCGCGUCGAUUUCUGAGGCAGCGACUCGACAUGGGUGCCCCCGGCUCACCGUCGGACCAACAGCAGUCGCCGCAACAGCUGGCCUUUGCCAUGGACCCCAGCUACAAUGUGCUGUGGGUCUUCGAUGGCGUCUCACGGCGCAUACGUUGCCACAAUGUUGUGGCCAGCGAUAUAUCCGAAAGCGAUGAGAAUGCAGCCAACUAUAGGGCUUUGCUCUCGCCGGAGCUGUCGCUGCCCACUAAGGCGGAGGCACGCGUCUCCCGCUCGCAGGGCUCACUGAAUCUGUUGGCCUGCCUGGACAUACUCACCUCCGCGCAGGACAAUAUACCGUACUGCUUCGAGCAGACGCUGCCCAAGGCCAUACACCCGACAACGGAGACACCGGGCGGCGAUUAUCAGGUGGUGAAUCGCUUUGACAACUUUGGCGGCGGCUGGGGCUAUUCGGGACACAGUGUGGAGGCCAUACGCUUCGCCUCGGACACGGACAUUGUGCUGUGCGGCUUCGGUAUGUUCGGCGGACGCGGCGAAUACAGCUGCAAGGUGAAGCUCUUCGAUCUGGGCAGCGACGGCGGUGGCUACGAGAAGGAGGGCGUCCUUCUCAGCGAGACCAAGGAGGUGCCGUACGAGUGUGCCGCCCGCAGCAAGCAUCACAUUCUGCUGCCCAAGCCGGUGAGUGCGGCAGCGGGACGCUGGUAUUUGGUCUGGGCACGCAUCGCGGGACCCUCAUCGGACUGUGGCUCGUGCGGUCAGGCAUCGGUCACCACCGAGGAUCAGGUGGUGUUCUCGUUCAAGUCCAGCAAGAAGGCCAACAAUGGCACCGAUGUCAACUCGGGCCAGAUACCCGCCAUCCUGUACCGCUUGGUCACCCAGGACUGCAAGCAAACAGCCGCACCGAUGGACGCCGAUCCCGUGCAGCGGAUAUCGCGCGCCUUUGCCAAUAGCGUUAGCCGCGAGUGCUUCGAGAGUCUGGUUGUGCUGCUCAGCUGGUCGUGGGAGAGCUUCAAGACGCAGCUGCGCGAACAGAGCGAUCGAUCGCGUCCCCUGCAGCUGCAGCAGUCGCUGCAGUAUCUCGGCUACGUGAACAAAUCCUGUCUGCGAUUGCUGCGCAAGUACACCAACGAGAUCUAUCCACAGCGCGCCACCAACACGGCCACAGGUGCUGCUGCUGGUGCGGGUCGGAACAACAAGGGCGGCUCCUCUGGCCCAGCGGCUGGUGGUGGUGGUAGCAGCAUGGUGGCUGCUGCUCUGUCCAAAUUGGAAUCAAAGUCAAGCAAAGACAAACAUUUGCCUCGUGUUGUGCCCAAUCCGAUAACAGUGUCAAAAUACUUUGGCGAACAUCCAUCCACAUCGGGUGCAGGCGGUGGAGCCGGUGGCGGCUCAAGAGGUGGCGGCGCAGAUGGAUCGGCAGCUGGCACGGGCACACCCAUCACACGGAAGGCGAAUCUCGAGAAUAUCCAGCUGGCCGAGUGCGUGGGCAAUGUGCGAGCUCUGCUCAUUGGCAUCUUCUGCGACGACAUAUUCAAGGACAUAGCCACAGACGAGGGCUAUGCCUUGACCCUGGAGAUCCUGGACGAGUGCCAUCUGAGCUUUGUGGCCUGCUUCGAUGCCUUCUAUCCCACCUCGUCGCUGAAAUGGAGCUGCCUGUGCGAUCUGCUGGCCCAAAUGGAUCGCGGUGCGCUGCACUCCCGGCUGCUGAGCGCCAUUCUGGCGGGCCUGUGCUCGCCCACCGUCAAGCUGCGUGCCACCUUUUCGCUGCUGAGCGCCCCCGGCAACGAUCGCCAGUCGAUAAUCAGUCCCAGCGACAAUUCGGGCCUGCCCAUGCUAUCCUCGACGGAUGCCCACCAGUAUCCCAUACUGGUCGAGCAGAUGAUCUACCGGACGCAGCAGGAGAAGAGUGACUUUCUGAUCAGCUCGUGGACGUUCAAGGAUGUGCUGGUGCGUCUGCUGGACAUCAUUGCCAGCCCCAUAAGGCAGCGCAUCGAAUCGAUAUAUAGCCGCAGCCUGGAGGGCAGCUAUCCGGGCAAGGAGUGGAUCAACCAGGGCCUCAUCGACAACUGUUGCCAUCUGCUGGCCCGCGUGCUCGCCGAAAUCGUUUACCAAACGGCCAUGGGCGAGUACGACAAGCUGUUUCUGCCGCCGCGCACCCUGCACUCGACGGGCGCCAGAUUCGCACGCUGCGACCUGAGCCGGACAUGGAAUACGGGCAACUUUGGCCCCGAUGCCAUUGCCUUUUCGGUGGACCGUUCGGGCAUUGCCAUAGCGGGCGCCAUGGUCUAUACCGGUUCGGGCAGCUACGACUAUCAGCUGGAGCUGCUGUUCGACAAUACGGUGGAUCUGCAGCCGCAGCACAAGUGGGAGACACUGGAAUCGGUGUCGGGCAGCUACGACCAGGAGGCGGUGCACAACGAUCUGGCGGAGAUCAAGUUCGAGCAUCCCGUACAAAUCAAGGAGCAUGCACGCUAUGCCCUGCGCCUCUGCUCCCAGGGGGCACGCACCUGUUCCGGUGACUCGGGCCUGCCCACGGUGCGUGGGCCGUGUGGCACGAACUUCCAUUUCUAUGCCUGCGAUCUGAGCUUCAAUGGCACGACACCGGCACGGGGCCAGCUGCCGUGCAUCCUGUACUACAGCACACCCGUCAAGCUGGAGGCAGGCGUGGUGGGAUCCGGCUCAACGGCGAUGGCAGCGGCCGAUGCGGUCAGCAUGUUGGCGGCCAGCAGUCAACUGAUUGCCCACGAGGUGUCCACGAGGGACACGGCCCUGCAGAUUGCCUCGGAUAUAACCAAAAAGUGCACCGAGCUGCUGAUCAUGGCCCGCAAUGCGAUGGCUGCCUCGUGCUCGCCCUCGGACAACAGCAGCUCCAAUCACACGCAGACAAUCGACUCGGAGCACAACAUAACGCCCAUCGAGGAGCACAUGGACAUUAAUUGGGCCAACAAUUCGCGCACUGCUGCCCAGCCACGCGCAGCAGAUCCGCAGAAUUCCACCGCCCGUGAUCUGGGCAGGCGCAUUGAGUCCUUUUCGAAGGGCAUCAUGCAAACGUUGACGUUCGACAAGCGCUCCACGAAUCCAUUUGAAAUGGAAAUCGAAAUGGGCGCCACCGAGAUUGGCGAGGAGGAUUCCGAUGAUCUGGCCAAUGGUCAGAUACCCAGCCAGAGUCAGGGUCAGGGUCAGGGACAGGGACAGAUGCAGAGUGUUGUGCCCAUCAAUGGCAAUGAGCGGGUGGACUUUGAGCUGGCCGAACAGCCACAGCAGCAGCAGCAGCUGCAGUCGCUGCUGGUACACUCGGACUCGGAGGAGGCGGCGCCCAUCGAUGCUGGAGCCGCCGGCUGCAGUGGCUUUGCUGUGGGAGGAGGAGUAGGCCUAGGCGUGGGCGUAUCCUCUGUACUGGGAGAGGCAGCGAGAGGAGUGCCACUUGGGGGCGCACUAGCAGGUGGUGGCUGCCCAGUGGCCGCUCUCCAGCUGCUGGAAGUCUUCAAUCUGGCCGCCUCCAAUAUGUUUCACACCCUCCUGCCGCUGGUCUACGCGCACAUGUCGAACUUGGCCUGCAGCGAUCCCAAGAGCUCAGUACAGAUACUCGGCUUAAUCAAGGAGAUACUGCCACACAUUGCGGCCCUCAAUCAAUUGCAUGUAUCCAAGGAGCAACGCCAGCCAGAGGCGGCAGCAGCAGCAGCAGCUGCCAAUUUUCCGCAUCCGCCAGAGGCAGCGCCACCAGAACAGGCAGAAGCAGCAGGAGCAGGAGCACCUCCAGCAGCAGGUAGCUACAGUUCGAGCAACUCUGGAGGAUCGAGCAGCACCACCAGCAACCACUAUUGCAUGGUGGAGAGCGAGCAUCCGUAUCGGAGUGCCAGCAUUAGUUGCUACCGUGUCGAGUUUCCCCCAUGCGUCCAGUGGAUGACCAUCGAGUUCGAUGGGCAAUCGGGCACGGCACAGCUGGAGGAUUAUCUGCUGCUAUCCAUACCCAUGCGACCGGCCGAGCAGGCUGGCGAACCUGCCAGCCAAACGGACGACUACUACGAUAUGCUGGACAACAAUCUGCCCAGUGUGCCGGAAUCAAGAAGGACCGUGAUACCCACUGCAUCGGAAAUGGGAACAGCAACGGGAGCUGGCAGUAAAAAUCGCUCGGCCAAUGCCCAGCUACUGAUGGCCAGCUGUUGUCGCACUCCAGGGACAUCCAGUGGCAGCGGUGCCACAACCGCAUCGUCCCCGCUGCGUGCCCAAGAUGCCAAUGACAGGGAAUGGAUUGUGGUUAAGAAGUUCAACACCGCCUCCAACUGGCUGAUGAGUGUCCUCGUUGUGCCCGGCAAUUGUGUGGAAUUCUCGCUGGAGACAUCAUCGCUGUAUGCCCAGGAUCCGCACAAUAAUCGCUAUGGCUUCAAGUGUCUGGUGGUGGGAUAUGACAAUCCCACAGCUAUUAACGGCAGCAAUUCGUGUUUGAUACGACUGGAGCAGGAGCUGUCCUAUUUGGGCGGCAUGUGCUGUGCCAAUCUCAUGAAGAAGGAGCUCAAUAUGCCAGAGGACAAGGAUGUUGAGGACAUGAGUGGCGUUGAGGAGACCAUUAUGGCACAUCAUUCGCUGCUUUCCAAGGGAUUUGCACUCUCCGAUCCACAUCUGAAUGUACAUCAGGCUUUGGAGCCAUAUCUGCCCAUUGGAUCACAAUCCAAUGAACGGCAAUUCCUCAAGGACUUUAUCAGCGGUGCACCCGGCUCGUCGGGUGCCCGACUGGCGGCCUGGCUGCAGCCAGAGUCCCGCCUGGAUCCCAACAAAUGCGAAAUGAAUCCAAUUACGGAGCCACUGCGCUACGGCUGGCCCACCCAGGUGACCAUCACCAUACGCGAUCAGUACGGAGAUGCUGUCCUCGUGCCCGAGCUAAAGGUGGAGAUCAAGGCCAUACCGACGGGACCGGGUCCCCAUGGACCGGGCGGCGUGGGUGCUGCCAAUAUCCUGCGCAUGCGUCGCGCCUCCUGCGCCUCCACGGUGACGGACGCGUGCCUGGGCGGCAUGGCGCCGCCGCCGCGUUUCAACUACGAAGUGACCACCAAGGAGCGGAUGUGCUUCAAGGCCAUCACCUUCAUGAAGCCCUUCACGAACUACUCGUUCGAGGAGCUGCGCUACUCCAGCCCCGUGCAGACGCGCUCCACGGACACGCUCAGCGCCCGCGACAUGGAGGAUGGCACCUUCAGUGUCCAGUGGACGCCCAAUUCCGUUGGCGGCUACUGCCUGGCCGUCAUCAUCGACGGCAUCCAUCUGGAGGAGGUCUACCGCGUCGAGGUGAAGGAGGGCGUUCUGCCCCCGCCCACCCAGAGGAGCAGCACGACGCGCCGCCCCCAGGCGCCCAGCAAGCUGCGACGCUUUCAGGUGCGCCACAGCGCCGGCCUGCGGAUCCGCUCCCAUCCGACGCUGCAGUCGGAGCAGGUGGGCGUGGUGCGGCUGGGCGGCAUCAUCUCGUUCAUCGAUGAGAUCGAGAACGACGACGGCAUCUGGCUGCGGCUCUCCACAGAGUCGAUACGGCAGCACUGCACCAUGGGCUGGUAUCCGACGGAGGCCUGGUGCCUGCAGUUCAACCAGCAUCUGGCCAAGGUGCUGCUGCAGCCGGUGCUGGAUGCCAAGGAUGCUGGUGCCGUGGCGCCAGCCAGUCCCACCACCGGUGGCGGCUGCAGUGGCGAGCCCAGCCCCGAGCCGGAGCCCGAGCACAGUCCCCCACCGAGCCCCGUGCUGCCCAAGUCGCCCGUUGUCCAGCGCAGAUUCUUGGGCGGUCCCGUCAACACGAAUCCCUUUCUGUUCCCCACCAAGCGGGAGCGUCAACGCGAACGCGAGAGGGAGCGCGAGAGGGAAAUGGAACGUGAAAGGGAGCGCGAGCGAGAGAGAGAGCAGCGCGAAAGGGUGCAGCAAAUGGAGCCAGAGCCAGACCAGGAUGUGGAGGUGGAGGCUGAAUUGCAGCCAGAACUGGCAGGAGCGGCUGCGGCUGCGUCUGCGUCUGCCUCUGCGGUUGCACCUCCGCCCGUACCCGUACCCGAAUCGGGGCCGGAGCCGGAGCUGGCGGGAGCGGCAGCGUCGUCGUCGUCCUCCUCCUCGGCGGUGGCGGCCACGGAGCUUCUGCCCGCCAAUCUCGGCUCCGCCAUUGCCGGCGUUGUCGGUGGCGGUGCCAUCAGGCUUCAGGCCCUACAAAAAUGGUUCAAAGGCGAUGCCAUCGAGGGAGCCCAGCCCCAGGCACAGGCACAGGCCCACGAGCCCAGCCACAUGGAUGCAUCGUUUUCACAGUCACCGCCCCCGCCCCAUGCGGGCGUCUCUGUACGCGAGAUGGUGCGGGCCAUGGGACAGGAGCCUGCGCCCUCGCCCUCCGGUUCGCCAUGCCCAUCGAUGCGGGGAAAUGGCAAUCGCAGCAGCAGUCAGCAGCAGGAGCAACAGCAGGAGCAGCAGCAGGAGCAGGAGCCGGAGCCGGAGUUCAAUUUGGCCAGCAUGCGGCGUCCCAACUACACCGCCAGCCAAACGGCGGCACUGCUGUCGACGCCCAAGCACACGCCCCGUCGAACGGUGGCCGGGGUGGCGGCGGCCGCUGCAGCCGCUGCCGUCCAGGAGGUGGUCUCCGGCCUGGAGGAUGAUCUCAGUCUGCUGCAGAUCACCACAACGACGACGGGCACGGAACAGCAGAGCGAACUCCAGCUGGCCUCCACAUCGGCAGCAGCCACAGCAUCGGCUUCAGCGGCAGCAGCGCGGAACACCAUGGGACCCAUUAAGCGGGCCAUGCCCCCGUCGUUUGCGGAGAGCAUUCGGGCCGUGUUCGCGGCACUGCUGUGGCACGAGGGCGUCGUCCACGAUGCCAUGGCCUGCGCCAGCUUCCUCAAGUUCCAUCCCGGCCUGCCCAAGGAGGGGGCCACUGUGGUGACGCGCCGUGGCGAGACGGGCGACGCGCGGCUGCAGCUCUCCCGUGAGCAGAAGGCCCAGCAGCGGCACUCGGUGGAGGUGGCCAAUGCGGGCCACUACCUGAACAUACGACCCUCCACACUGGAGACGCUCACCAAGAGCGGCAACAGCUCGCUGCACAAUCGCAGCAAGCAUCGCAAGAACAUGUCCCCGCCCGCUGGCGGCGAGGAUCAGCAGCAGCAGCCACCCCGAGACGGGCAGCAGCAGCAGAAGCUGCAGGCGCUGCCGGAGGUGGUCAGCGUGCUGCCGCCGGCACUGCGCUGUCUGGUCUAUCUGUGGGAGCAAAUCUGCUCCGGCUGCGUGCAGAUCGUCCAGACGAAUGGCCUCGAACAGCCGCGACAGCCGCGCCUGCUCUCGCCCAUCCACCACAUGGAUGGGCACGGCCACGGGCAUGGCCAUGAGCCAAAGGAGGGCGGCAAGAUGGGGGCCGGACACCACAUGGAUCAGGGGGGAGCGGGUGCGAGCGAUAAAGAGGGCAAGAAGACGAAGCGCAAGAAGAAGGACGACGGCAGCUGGUGCGAGAUCUGUGAGCUGUUCCUGCCGAUGCCCGUCACGUACCACAUGCGGAUCGCCCAUCCGGGCUGCGGCAAGUCGGCCAAGGGCAAGGGCUACAAUUCCGUGGGCAUAUUCUGCGAGGGCUGGGCGGGCAAUUGUGGCGAGGGCGGCAAGGGCGCCUCCUCGUGGUUCCUCAUGUGCGACACGUGCCGGGACAGGUAUCUGGCCAGCUGCCGCAGCACCAACAACAUCAAUAGUGUGGCACGCGGCCAGGAGGCCAAUUCCGCGGAGGAUAAUGUCCUCAAUCUGUUUGGCGUGAGAUCCACAUUGAUUGCCAAUGCGGAGGUCUACACCACAAUGCGUGAGAAUGCCACCUUUCUGCUGGAGCUGUGCUCCAGCUUCAGCUCUGCCAGCAGCAGCAACAGCAGCAGCAACAGCAUUCUAGCAAAGCGUUCGCCCCAGUCCAUGGCCAUGCCGGUGGUCAUUGAGCAUCAGCAUCAUCAUCAUCCGUUGGGCGUUGCCGAUCUGAAGCCCAGCACCAGUCGCAACAGUCGCAUGGCCCGACUCAGUGGCGGCCCCAAGUUCUGUCCAGCGGGCAUUGGCGGUGCCUUCCGCAAGAGCUUUGUGGGUGGACCGCCGACGGCGCCGGACAACCUGUGGCUGGCACCCGACAGUUUUGCGUGUCUGGAGUGCCUCGGCACGGCGGGGCACGAGGAGCCGCCCUACGAGAUGUUCGGCCUGGGACCCAACGAGAAUGCCUUCGAUAGGCCGCUGUCUGAAAUAUCGUACGAGUCGUGCGAUCCCAACAACUACGACAUGGGCAUGGCACCGGGCACGAGUGCAGCCGCCGCUGGCGCUGUGUCCAAGUUCCAUCGCAGCUACUCCAUGGGCCAGGGCUGGGCCUCGCUGGUACAGCAGGCAACGCAGGCACCGCAGCAGCAGCAACAGCAGCAGCAGCAGGCGCCACAGCAGCAGGAUACACCGCCAAAGGUGGUGUACAGGCGAAGGAAUAACUUGAGCAGCGAGAGCGAAGGCGCCAGGCUCAUCUGCUAUCCGUCGGAGCAUUUGCGGCGUCUGGUGCCGCACAAGCUGCUGGCCAGCGUCACUGUCCUACAGACCUCCACAUCGGCCGCCGCCGCCGCCGCAGCAGAGGGCGAUGCCCCGGCAAUCAGUCCGGGGCCAGAGCAGGGCGGAGCAGGCGGUGCAAGCAGCUCGCUGCUGUCCCGACCGGCCAUGGCAUUCAUUACGCAAAAACACGAGCUGGAACGACUGCGGGCGGCCAUGCGGCGCAGCCUGAGGAUCUCCGUGUGCCGCAGCUACUCGCUGCAGGCACUCAACUGGCUGCUGCGCAGCGUCACCCAGGGCGUUUGUCUGCACGAUCUGAUGUGGUGGUUCGUCAGCUCGCUGGAGACGGCCGUCACCCAUCUGCCGGACGGCCGAUACGAGGAGUCACCGGACAUGGCGCUGGAGCACCCGGCAGCCUACACCCAGAUCAGUGGCCGCUUUGCCCACCUGAUCACCCAGUCGCUGCAUGUGCUGCUGCAGUCGGUGGCGGAUCUGACGCUCCACCUGCCGCCAGGAUCGCCGCUGCAGCGCGUGGCCAUCCAGUGCUUUGGCAUACGUUUCCGGCAGGCCGACCAUCAGUUCCUGCACAGCUCCCAUGUCUUUGGCAACAUCUCCAAGAUCCUGUCCAAGUCGGACGAGCAGAACGAUGCGAUGGCCGUGUCCACGCUGCUGCUGCUCAAGUCCGAGUCCCACUGCGAUGUCGAGCACAAUCAGCUGCAGUUGAAUGCCACAUCGGGCGGCUCUGGUGCCGGUUCCGGUUCCGGUACCGGUGCUGGGGCCGGACCCGGUGGCCGGGUUGUCUGCUACACGGAUCUGGCAGGCAUGUUCGACAUUGCUGUGUCGUCGCGGCCAGCGAUGGCCGAGUCCCUCACGGACAACUCCACGGAGACGUUCUGGGAGAGCGACGAGGAGGAUCGCAACAAGGUGAAAAUCAUUGAAGUGUCCCUCAUCAGGCUGACAUACGCCUGCCGCUUCCUGCUCGUCCACAUCGACAACAGUCGCGAUAUUCAGAACAAAGUGCUCAAUGUGGGCUUCUAUGCGGGCCAAUCGCUGGGCGAUACGAAUCUGAUCAAGUCGGUGGAUGUCGACUCGAAGGCCUGCACCUGGAUCUCGGCGAAGAUCAAUGACGAGAGCUACACCCAUUUCCGGCUGGAGCUGCACGGACCCGAGAACACGCUGCGCGUGCGCCAGAUCAAGCUGCUGGGACUGCCCAUCCAGAAUCAGCAGGGACAGCCGGGUCCGGCUCAGUUUCAGACGCUCGGCGAGAGCAUGCGCCUGGGCAUGGGUAUGGGCAUGGGCCUGGGUCUGGGCCUGGGUCUGGAUGAACCGUUUGGUAGCGAACUGAAGCCCUAUCUGCGGCAUAGUUAUGCGCCGCACAUCCAGCAGCAGAUCUGCGAGGCGGAGACCCUGCGCGUCUUUCGCCUGAUCACCGGCCAGGUCUUUGGCAAGCUGAUCAGCAAUGUGAAUGCGGUGCGCAGCAGUGAGGAGCCGCCACCGGAGGUGCCUGGCCCCGCUGGCGUCAGUGGCGGUGGCGCUGGCGGUGCCGGUGGCAGCUCCCUGCUGGCCGAUUCCCUCGACCUGCGCGAGCACAUGGUCGGCAUCCUGUUCUCGCGCAGCAAACUCUCGCACCUGCAGAAGCAGGUGAUUGUGCACAUUGUGCACGCCAUUCGCCGGGAGGCGCUGCGCGCCAAAGAGGACUGGGAGCUGGCCAAUCUCGCCCACGACCUCAGGAAUCCCAUGGAGGCGGCUGCCGCGGCUCUGCCGGGGCCCCCACUGCAGCAGCAACAGCAGCAGCAGGCUGCAGCUGGCAGCAGCGAGAGCAGCUCGGAGCGUAGCCGGGCCCCGGACACCUACUGCUUCGAGAUGCUGAGCAUGGUGCUGGCCCUAUCCGGCAGCGCUGUGGGUCGCUCCUAUCUGUCGCAGCAGCACGGGCUGCUGCGCGACCUCUUGGGACUGCUGCACACCGGCAGCGAUCGUGUGCAGCGUCAGGUGACGGCCUUGCUGCGUCGCAUACUGCCCGAGAUAUCGCCGGAGAGCUUUGCGGAUCUGCUGGGCGUGCAGCGGCUGCCACCGGCCGACUACAGCAUCGCGCAUCAGAGCGGCAGCGACUUCGAUAUGAGCCGACUGGGGCUGCUGGACAUAUUCCUGGCCGUGAUUGCCAAAUCCCUGCAGCUGCAGAUCAAAGUGAAGACCACAGCGGCAACGGCAGGCGGCGGUGCAGCAGGAGGAUCGAGCGGAUCAGGCGGAUCAGGCCAAGCCCAGCAGAAGCAGGGACAACAGGAGAAGACACCGGCCUUUGUGAGGCUCUGCAGUUCCCUGGACCUGUCCGUUCAGCAGCUGCGCUCGCGCCCACCCACAGGAGAGGCACAGCUGCCGGGCACGUCCGCUGGCGCUGGCGCUGGCAGCGUGGGCGAUCCGUUCCAGUUCGAGCUGGCAGCCCCGCCCAGAAAGGAGUCCAAGCGGAAUCUCAACCAGCGCUGGUUCCUCAACGGCAUCAUCUCCACCAAGCAAGCGGAGAGCAUUAUUGGCCUCAUCCGCGAUCUGGCCAGCGGCAAACUGAGCGAGAAGUGGUCGCAGACGACCAAGGCGGCCAUUGCCGAGUCCGUGCUGAAUCUGACGCGACUCGAGGAGAUCUAUCGCACGCCGGAGCACUGCACCAAAACGGCUACACUGUGGCUGGCGCUGGCCAGCCUGUGUGUGCUCGAGCGCGACCAUGUGGAGAAGCUGUCGUCGGGGCAGUGGUCGAAGGUGUGCGACACCCGACCCAUGUGCACCAAUCACGAUGAUGGCGAGACGGCGGCCAUCAUACAGUGCGAGACAUGCGGCUCCCUUUGCGGUGACUGCGAUCGCUUCCUGCAUCUCAAUCGCAAGACGCGAGCGCACAAGCGAACGGUAUGCAAAGAGGAGGAGGAGGCCAUACGCGUGGAGCUGCAUGAAUCGUGUGGCCGCACGAAACUCUUUUGGCUGCUGGCCCUGGCCGAUUCCAAGACGCUCAAGGCCAUGGUCGAGUUCCGCGAUGGCAGCCACACGAUCAUCUCGGGGCCGCAGGAGGCGGUGGGCAGAUGCCGCUUCUGCGGCCUCACCGGCAACUCGGGCCUGCUGGAGAUCGGCAAUGUGUGCGCGGAUGCGCAGUGUCAGGAGUAUGCGGCCAAUUCAUGCCUCAAAACGAAGCCCUGCGGCCAUGCAUGCGGCGGUGUGGUGGGCGAGGAGAAGUGUCUGCCCUGCCUGCAGCACGUGUGCCAUGCGCGGGAGAACGAGCUGGCCGAGGAGCAGCACGAUCCGAAGCUCACACAGGAUGCGGAUGAUAUGUGCAUGAUAUGCUUCGUGGAGGCCGUCUCCUGUGCCCCCUCCAUACAUCUGGAGUGCGGGCACGUGUUCCACUUUCAUUGCUGCAAGGCGGUGCUGGAGAAACGCUGGAGCGGCCCACGCAUCACAUUUGGCUUCUCAUUGUGCCCCAUCUGUAAGGCGGAUAUCCAUCAUCCGCUGCUGGCCGACAUACUGAAGCCCAUCAAUGCCCUCAAGCAGGAUGUGAAGCGCAAGGCGCUCAUGCGCAUCAAGUACGAGGGCGUGGUCAAGGACACGGAAAGCAAGGACGUGAAUGUGACACAACUGGCCAUGGAUCGCUAUGCGUACUACGUGUGCUUCAAGUGCCAGAAGGCCUACUAUGGCGGCGAGGCACGCUGCGAUGCGGAAAUCGGCGAGAAGUUCGAUCCUGAGGAGCUGGUGUGCGGCGGCUGUUCGGAUGUGGCACGCGCCCAGAUGUGCCCCAAGCACGGCACCGAUUUCCUCGAGUACAAGUGCCGCUACUGCUGCUCGGUGGCGGUGUUCUUCUGCUUUGGCACGACACACUUUUGCGACACCUGUCACGACGAUUUCCAGCGGCUGACCAACAUACCGAAGAUCAAGCUGCCCCAGUGCCCCGCCGGGCCCAAGGCCAAGCAGCUGCUGGGCGAUGAGUGCCCGCUGCACGUAAUGCAUCCGCCCACCGGCGAGGAGUUCGCCCUGGGCUGUGGCGUUUGCCGCAAUGCCCAAACAUUUUAGCCACGGACAAAUAUUGAGUCCGAUCCAGAGCCAGAGCAAGAGCCAGAG